AUGACGGCCAGGGCAGAGCAGCAGCGGCGGCGCCCAGGAGUCGGGGUAGGAGUCGUGGUGACCAGCUGCCGGCAUCCUCACUGCAUUCUCCUGGGGAGGAAGAAAGGGUCAUUUGGAGCCGGCAAUUUCCAACUUCCCAGGGGCCACUUGGAGUUCGGUGAAAGCUGGGAAGAAUGUGCUCAAAGGGAAACCUGGGAAGAAGCAGCUCUUCACCUGAAAAAUGUUCGCUUGGCCUCGGUUGUGAAUUCUUUCGUUGAGGAAGAGAAUUACCAUUAUGUCACUAUUUUAAUGAAAGGAGAGGUGGACGUGACUCAUGGUUCAGAACCAAAGAAUGUAGAGCCUGAGAAAAAUGAAAGUUGGGAGUGGAUUCCUUGGGAAGAAUUUCCUCCCCUGGACGAGCUUUUCUGGGCACUAUGUUGUUUAAAGGAACAAGGCUACGAUCCAUUUAAAGAAGAUUUGGAUCAUCUGGUAGGAUAUAAAGGAAAUCACCUACAGGUGAACAAGGAGACGCCCUGA